UUUUGGUUAUUCGUACAACGUAGAAUAUAUAAUUAGAUAAAAUAGUUCUAUUAGUUCAUAAUGGAUUAACAUAAGUGUCUAUCUCAUGGUUAUUCAAUGAUGACUAUGACUUCACCUGGCAUUCGUUGAUUUCAUAAAAAUUUAGAUGCGAUUGUACUUCAAUAUGGCGAAUCGCGACAAAGGACGCAAAAAGUGGGGAGGAUUUUCACAAGGUACUUUAAGAGAAAUAACAUUUUCACGGGAUUGUGCCAAAAUUAUAUGGUGAUUUUAUAAUAUACAAAGUUCCAAAUCGGAAAAAGAAAGAUCAGUAGGAAUGCGUGGAGGGUGUAAUAGAGCACCACAAGCUUUAUACAGACCUGGGAGUGGACCACUUCGAAAAUCAGAGAAGUCUGCCGAUGACUUCGAUCAUGAAAAUAAUUCACAAGUAAAAUCAAAGUCAACAUCCGUCCAACAUCGUUUAAAGCAAUCACAGUCCAAUAGAUGCAGUCAAAUGUACCACAGUCCACCAUCAUCUUAUGCAGAAAAUCUAAAUGAAAAAUUGAAUGAUAUGCAUAUUAAUCUUAAAAAUGAUGAUAACAGUGAUCAAGCACAAGAUUCUUUUAAAAGUAACUAUGGUGGAGAUCUAAGAAGAAAAAGCAGGAAACCGGAACAGCAACUGUACGUACCUAAGAAAGUGAAGGAAGCAUUGGCUGAACAGGAUGUAGCAAAUAGAUUCGAUCGUGAUCAUGAAAGAGAGGAAAGUGAAGAUUGCGAUUCUCAUUCCAAUCGUAGUUAUAAAGGUCAUAGACAGCGUAAUCGUUCAGGUGGUCGCAGUGGUAGAGAUGAACAUGGAAAACGAUUUUUGGGUAAUCGUAGGAAUCGUCAUACCAAUGAAAAUGAAGAGAGUUGGAGGUCAGAUUCUCCAUUAUCUACUAAAAAUUAUGGUAACAGACGAGAUAAUCCACGAGAAAUUAGACAGGGUUCAGAACCUCUUUUUGUAACACCGAACAACUCAAAUGAUUUUUCUCGCACUCGAGAUACACGUAGUGUAGAACCCGCUGGACAUCCUGACAAAUUUCAGGGUAAACCACCUUCAGGCAAAAAGAGUGCUUCUAAUAAACUGGACUCUCUACCACCGCGUUUGCAAAAGAAAUAUAUGAUCGACAAUGGCUUAGCACCACCUAAUAGUUCUUUUGCUUCUACAAUCGAAGAGUCUUGGAAUGGCACAACUGGUUCAUCGGUUUAUUAUCCACCUGCAAUUCAACAUUCACAAACUAUGCAAAACUUGCCACCUUCUGGUCCACUACCACCUCAACCUUGUUGGUCUAAUACUGUACCUGUACGAAGUAGAGGUAGAGGUAGACUUAGACCGGAAGAAAUAGAAGGCCCAACCAAUGUGUUUAGACCUGUUACUCCGGAUCAGUAUUCGGCUCCAAGUUCAAGAUCUCAUACUCCCAGUCAGGAAUAUACAAAUCGGUCUUAUGAUCGUCGUGGUAGUAACAGUACAAUGUAUACAAGCAUGGAAAGUUUAAGUCGUGCUGAUAGUGUAAUGUUGCCACCACCAAUAUCUACAUUAUCUAGUUCAAAUAGAUGUCAGAUUUCAUCUGAGGAACAACAUCAUAAUGCAUCGUCUCCAAUUUCUUCACAGCAUCGUACUUAUAAUACACAAAGAGUAAACAAUUCAAAUGAGGGUAAAUCUAUGGAGAAACAGCGUAGUCAGCAAAUACUAAGUCCAUCAAAAAGUGAACCUUUUAGUCUGUUACCUGAUAUGGCAUCAGACCGCACUCUUGAUUGGAGUGAGGAAGUUGAAUUAAGUGAGAAAUUAGAAGCACAACACCUGAGUCGUAGUUCGUCUGUACAAAGUUUACGCGAAAGUGUAAGUUUAUCUGGAUCUCAAUCAAAAAGAGAGGUUUACAAGCGAGGAAAAAAAAAGCGUGAUAAGAAACAUGCAGAUCGGAACAAUAGUUCAGAUAAAACACGUGUAAAUAGUCGUGAUCGUCAAAAUAAUCAACAGAAUAGAGAGAAUGACAGUUAUAACAAUAAUCAGAAAAAUACCAAUAAUAACAAAAGAUAUGAUCAUAGAAGACAUCGCAAUAUAAUUCAACGUAGUCGUGAAUCUAGUAAAGACAGAAAUUAUCGUAGUAGCAGUCGACAUUACGAAGAACUGCAUAGACCAAGACCAGCAGAUCGGCAUUUAGACGAAAAUUGGAGAACUGGACGGAAAAUGUCUAUAUGCGAUUCGGAUGAAGGGAGACAAACUCCUAAAGUAUCUUCUCAUAUUAUCCCUACUCCAUUAUCAAAUGCAAAUUCAAAUACAGCAAUACGACAAGUAUCCCCUACAGGAUAUACCAAUACCCAAGCACCAGGAGUUUUGGUUUUACCAGAAACCAAUCAAUCGCCACCCAGCCAUACUGUUUCUCGACAACAAGGCAUUCAACAACAAAGAACAUUGUUUGAUCCUAAUAAUCCCAAUAAGCCUAUAGUUGUUACUUCUCCCGGUAGCAGAGCUAUUUCGCAAAGAGAGAAUCAAACGUCAUCUCAAACUACGAGUAUCCCUGUAUUUCAAUCUCAUACGGGUAUAGCACCUUACCAUAAUAAUUUUCAUGGAGCACCAUUGGAUGGAGUACCUUCGUCGUAUACGACAGAUCAGUUUGGCAAUAUGAGACCUUCCUGGUACGAUCCUUGUUCAGAAAGUUUCCGGUCUACAAAAAAUCCUUGCCUCUUGUUGGACAUAGGCAGAGCAGACUUAGAAUUACAAUGGAUGCUCAGUUCUGGUGGUUUUACAACAAAUUGGGAGAGGGUGUCUUAUAUAAGACACUUUCUUCAGGAUAGCUUGCAAACAUUGCUUAAGACUGAUAUCAAGUUCUGCCAAGCCGAGAAUGUUGAACAACAUUUUUGGAAAAUAUUGUUUUAUAAUAUGAUUGAGAUGUUGAGGAAAGGAAUGUCGAAAGAAAACUCAGAAAGCAAGGAGUAUUACAAAAAGACGAUGCUAAAUAUAAUUGACGAGGGUACUAUAUACUUGGAAAAUUUAAUUACAGUACUUGAAAAUACAUAUGACUUCAAGAUACAAGCAUUUCUCGCAUCAUCAACGCUACCUAAAGGUCUUGGAAUCUUAGGUUUAGCUUUAGUGAGCGCACAAAAAAUAUUUCUCUUUCUGGGUGACUUAGCAAGGUACAGAGAACAAGCAAAUGAAACUACAAAUUACGGAAAAUCAAGACAAUGGUAUUCAAAAGCACAACAAAUCAACCCAAAGAAUGGAAGACCUUAUAAUCAACUUGCUUUAUUGGCACAUUAUGCCAAACGAAAAUUGGACGCAGUAUAUUACUAUAUGCGAUCACUGAUGGCGUCUAAUCCUUUUCACUCUGCUAGAGAAAGUUUGCUAGCGCUUUUUGAUGAAAAUAGGAAAAAGUAUCUACAUUAUUACGAAUCUACGGAACGUAAACGUAAGGAAGAGAGGGAAUGGAAAGAAAGAGCCAGGAUGAAAGAAAAAGAAGGAGCAAAUAGCAUUGGAGGAGGAUUAAGACGAGAAAUAUGGAUUCAUCCAGGUGGUAGAAGAGUUAGGCGUACAACCACGGCAGCUAGUACUACCGAUUCAAGAUUGGCACAAAGUGAUUUAGAAGAAUUAGCACAAUUGACGAGUGUUGAAGUGAAUAAACGUUUUGUUACAUCCUAUCUCCACGUCCAUGGGAAGUUGAUCACCAAAAUAGGAAUGGAAACCUUUCAAGAGGCCGGCGUACAGAUGUUAAAGGAAUUCAGGGCUCUCUUGCAACAUUCGCCGUUACCACUUCCUGGCACGCGCUUGUUACAACUCCUGGCUUUGAACAUGUUCGCGAUCGAGACGACACAGCUGAAGGAUACACAAAUGGAACAGGGAUACCGAUCGGAGGUCCAGGAACGUGCACUUAUCGUGUCUUUACAGAUGUUUAGUUUGAUUUUGGAACGUGGUGUAUCUCUGUUGAAGACACAGUUGGACUGCGGAGAAGAACCUCGGCUGGUCGUUGGAGAAGAUAUGCAAGUCCUUUUACCCGCCAUUAAGAUUUGGUGCGAUUGGAUGCUGUGUCACAGUACCGUUUGGAAUCCACCACCUUCUUGUACAGACUAUAGAGUCGGACCACCUGGAGAUGCUUGGAGUAGAUUAGCAACGAUGGCAAAUCUUUUGGAUAAGCUAAAUUACACCAGAACUGUUUUGAUACAAGCGAAAGACGCCGAGGGUCGUGAAGACGAACUCGAACUGGUGAAGUUGCCAGAAGAUACGACGUUGGCAGGAUUCACGCCAUUAAUGUCGAAUCCUCAAGAUCCUUGUUACGUAGAAAAGACGGAAGACAUGGAUAUCGCUCAGGUCUGCCUAAGGAUAAGCAAGGUGCUUUUCUUCGGUCAAGUAUUUUUGUGCGGAUUGGAGACACCUGUGUUGAAGUUGCAAAAGAAUGAGAUCGGUAUGAGCGAAUACGUAUCCGUGGUAGAAGCAUCCAGCAUCAGUUCACCGAGUUCACCGCCUGAACAGAGCGAUUCGGAGCUCUUGGUGGAAAGUUACAGCGAGGACGAGGACGGACCAGUUUCUACAAUGAAGAGAUUGCCGUCGAGCAACGACGUAUUCGACGACAACGGGGCGCCUCUGGCUCUUGGAGAGAUAAGGUCGCUGAUUGAACGGAAGGAGGAGCUGGAGAGGAAGCAACGGAAGCAAGAUCGUCACCGACAACGAGUCCAGGCAAUCUUAAAGAAAUCCUCGGUGUCGGUGGAAAUAGAAGUGAGACCAAGGCAAUUAGUACCAGACACCAAUUGUUUCAUCGACUAUCUGCCACAAUUGCAGAGCAUUACGAAAGCUACCUCUGGAGCACAGCCCAUCUACACGUUGAUGGUACCGUUGGUGGUUUUAAAUGAACUGGAAGGCUUGGCCAGAGGCGCCGAUGCCAGGGAUUGUCCACCAGCAUCAAGAGCUACUUUAGAUCCUGAACACGUAGCUAGAGUGGCAGAAAGUGCAAAGGCGGCAUUGGCUUUUGCGAGAAGCCGAAAUCCAGCAAUUCGAUGCUUGACCACGAGAGGAACCGUCUUGACAUCUAGUACUUUUACUGUUGAAGAAGAUGUCGAUAAGGACAAAUUGACUAGAAACGAUGAUAGGAUUCUGGCUACAUGUUUGAGCCUUUGUAGAACGGGAAACAAAGAUCAUAAUAAUCCAGCAGAGGAGGGCCAGCCUCGACGUCUAAGAAGAGAAGUCGUGCUGCUGACGGAAGAUAGAAACCUGAGGGUGAAAGCCCUCGCUAGGGACGUGCCGGUGAGAGAAGUGCCCGACUUCAUGGAAUGGGCUGGUCUUGGCUGAGACGACGAUGACAUUGUAACCAAAUAUUCCCACUGACGAAACAAAUAUCCCGUCCCCCCGCCGCGCAAACUAAGACCAUCAACUUAGACCAAAAGCAAAGCGAAGGAAGAGGAAUGAAAGAAGAAAAUAGAAAAAAAGAAAGGAGAGCACUUCUCGUCACAUCGAUGGACCCUUUACGAAGAGAAAGCGCGUUAACGAAGAACGCGAUUUUUUUACGUAAGUUCGUCCUUUCCUCCUCUCCCCAAAAAAAGAAACUCGAACCCGCAUAUCCUGUUACUUUUCCUCUUGUUUUUUCCUCUUUGCAAAAAUAUGUCAUUUUUUUCAAAAUUUUUCUACGUACGUCUCUAGAAAAGAAAAUAAAAAAAAAAGCAAAAGCGGGCGAGAAUACAUAGCGUCAAGACUUUACAUAAAAGAAGUACUGGAAUCGUCAAAGACGCCCUUUCACAGAUUCCGAGCUCGCAACACUUUUCAUUCCGUUCCUGAAUCCCAAUUUCUCCGUAAUCUCCCUGAUUCUCCACAUUUGAAGUAAAAUCCAGAUGAAACGAACGCAAAGAAGGCGUCGAUCAUAAGGUACAAAGUCCGACUCGUAAGGGAAAGCGGAUUUAGUAGUACCGCAUUCAGGAAAAGAGAUUGCUCGAGAAGACGCGGGAAAGAAAGCGGUCCACUGAAAGAGGGGAAUACUAAAACGUCAACAAGAAUAGAGGAAAGAGAAAGAAAGAAAGUAGAAAAAUGUUCGUGAAAAUAUUGUCUCUUGGGAGUUUUGACACGUUUUAUUCUUCUUAGACUCGUUUUAUCAAAGAUGGUCAUCUAUUGUGACUGAAUUUGUUGUAUCCUUUUAAACCGUGUUUGUAUGAAUACAUAUUUGUACGAGUUUUGAAUAUUUUGCAUAUAUUCUACAAUGUCUGUACUAAAUGUAUAUUAUUGCACUCGUUGUAGAGUAGAAGCGAGCGAUUGGCGCCGGUCAUUUUUCCUCUUUUUCUUGUAUCUUUAUCAUUUUUCUUUUUAUCUUUUUUUCUUUUUUUAAUCUCUCUUUAUUUGAUAAUCUCGUACAGACUAGUUCAGUUAUAGAAACUCAUAAUAAUCCGUAUGGCAUCUUUUGAAUUUCAGCGAUUUUAAAUGAUGUUACGUGCCAUCGAAACAUUCUUUUUAUUCUCUUUUAAUCGCGUUUACACUUUUCUUUUUUGUAGAAUCGCUGUCAUUGCUACGAUGAUAUAUCGAUGAAAUUCUCUUUUAGUCCUGUUUUUCUUCUUUUUAAAUAAAAAAAAAAGUAUUUUAAAUAAUAGAUUAAGAGCGUAAAUGUAGCCUUUAAAUAUUGAAAUAUUCUGUACGAGAUAUUACGUUACCUUCGACUUUUUUCCUAUUCAUAUAAAGAUUAUUUAGAUAUUAAUUAGGGUGAUGAAACAAUGUAAACAAAGAAGCUCGUUUUCUUUCGUUACGUUUAAGGGAAUUUGAACAAAAUUACCAGCGUCCGUACGUACAUAUAUAAUACUUUACCAGCGAUAUAUUAUUGAAUCGUUUCAACGAACAAUAAUACCAGCACCAAGUUGUACGAAGUAAAGGCUGAUUAGAUGGUAAUAAUUCCGUAAGGCAGAGAGUCGAUCGUGACGAAAGAGAUAUGAUCUACAUGUUACUCGCACUCUAUGCUUUUUCUUUAUUUGUAAUUUUACGCGUUCUUGUAAGAUUUAGCAAUUAGUUAUAAGGCAAAUCAUUAUGAUACCUAAGUGUGCAUUGAUUUAAAUAGGACCACUCAUCACGAUUGUUGUUUGCGAACUCUACGACAAAAUUUUCCUACUUGCGAAAAAAGAUGGAAUAGAAAUUAUUAUCGGAAGCGAUCAGAAUUGCAAACAUUCCGGACGGUAAGCUUCGAUUAGCGAAAUACUCGUUAAUUCGUCGUGGCUACGUUCGAUAAAUUGAAAAUGAAAUACGAAUGUUUCGAUGUCGUUCAAAAGGAAGGGCGAGUAGUAAACCGUAUGAGCUGGAGUACAUCGAUCAAAAGUUACUGUAAUUGUGUCGCGACAUCGUCGUAAACUUUUUCUACCAAGUGUUCUUUCUGUUCGUGGUUUUUAAACAAUUUUGAAUAAGAGAAACAGGGAGAGAACAACAGGAAUAUUCACGUGUAUCGAAAGAUUUUAGAUAGCAAUAUAAAAGAUUGAAAGAGCGAAAGAGAAUCUAUCAUCCUAUUUUUCGAUAAAAUUGUAAUUACGUAAAGAUCUUUAUUGAUCGCAUGAAAAAGAGAAAUUUCACGUACGUGAUAAUACAAAAAAAUAAGCGAGGAAUAGAGAGAGACCGGGGGAGGGUGGGAGAUUUAAGGAGAGGAGAGAGAAGAUUAGUUUAAAAGAAUAGAGUAAAGAGAAAAAUGAGAGCGAAAGAAAUCAAGAAAGAAAGUGAGUAAUGAAAAUACUUGAUUAGCGGUAAAGAAUGUAAUAUAAAGAAUGCCGAUAAUAUUUCAUAGUUAAACUAUGAAAUAUGCGUUCGUAAAAAAGACGUUCGCAUUACCAUCAGCUUUGUCCUUCAAAAUGAUAAACGUAUGUAUGAAUGUUUGCUAUAAGAUACACAGAGGAACUUUUGUUUAACUGGCAGAAAACUUAACUGCCAGAAAACGGAGAGGAAUAGCACGUGGAAGAGAUCAAAAGGGGCGUUCGGAUCGAUUUUUUUUUUUUUUUAAUUUUCCUCUAAAUUGAUCAAAAUCGAUAUCUAUUUUCUUUCAUCCUAUCCAUCUUUUGUUAGUUUUCUCUUUCUCUUUUUCUUCGUAUUUUUUUCUUUCUUUCUUUAUUUUUUUUUUUUUUAACUUUGUUCUAAAAAGAAAUCCGUGCUCCGAAACUAAGAAAAAGAAGGAUAGAGAGAAGGUAUGCUUCAUUGUGCGCGACUUGGAAGCACCAGACAGACGAUUGUUUUCACUUAUUUCUAAGUAUGUCUCUUACAGUAGUUUUUAAAGUAAAUAACAAAAAAAAAUGAUAAAAAGGAAGGAAAGAAACAAUACGAUCGAUAAGCACAAUUGUGCUCUGGAUACAACUAAUCGUAGAAAGAGGAGCUCCAAAAGGGAUCAAUCACAUAAGAUCGCUAGAGAAAGAUACGAAGAAGUAAAAGGAAAGAGAAAAGGAGGGAUAUCAAGAAGAGAGAAUCGGAUUGGCUCCCUUACAGAAUUUUAUCCUUGUAAUAAUUUUUUUUUAUUUUCUCUUUCCUUUAAGAGAUGCAAUAGUAAGAUGCAAUAGAAGAGAUGAAAAAGUUCUCGUGAUCCGUCAAAUCGCGCAAACGAAUCCUCGUCCUUCUUCUUUCGUCGAAGAAAAUAAUCCAUUUCUUCUCAAUUAAUCUUUUACGUUGUUAAACAAUGUUAGAACGUAAUCAGCGCAGCAGAAUUUCUAAGUACGUACCUACAAUUUUUCUUAUUCUUAUUUUGUAAUUUUUCAAAAAGAAGAUGAUAAUCGAUCGAAUCUUGUGUGAUUGAUUCUACGAUGAGCAAUGAGAAAAAAGUAAGAUAUAAAUUUCCUGAGCGUAGGUAGACAAAAAUGAAUAUAUAAUUAGGGUAUCAACGACGAUCUCGUCGAUGUUAUAAUUUUAGAAGUGGGUAGAACCAAGAAAGGAACGGGGAUGAUCGAAUUGCGUUUGACGCAGCCCCUAUUUUCGAUUUUCGCCCUUAUACCUUAAGUGUACCUAUAAAUAAAUAUAAAUACACAUAUUAUAAAAAAAUUUAUGCAUUACAUGCAAUUGAGAAUAAACUGCAAUGAGAAUAAAAAUUUUGUGAGAUCGAGGAGAAAUACUACUGAUAACGAGUAAAUCUUUCAUGAUGGUAGGUAGAUGUCUCUUAUUUGUUUCAGUUUGCCUUCGUAGAAUCCUGGAUCGGAAGGAUUACGUGGCACGUCUUUUUUAUGAAUUACAUGAACAAGUAGAGAUCAUUCUUAAUUACAUAUUUUAAUAAAUCGUGACACGUAGUGAUAAAAUAAUAAAUUUGUAAGUCGUCACUCCAGAAUCUACGAUCGUACACACAUCCUCCGAUGAACGUUUUAUUUUGUAACGUUUUUUAAUAUCUACAUAAUUGUACUCACUAUUUUUUGUAGUAAUAAAUAUUCAGUUUAUCGAUCGCA